AUGAAAUCGGAAAUCGACACUUCAUAUAGUGAUUACGUUUUAACUACCAAAGCAAACGCCAGAUUGUUAUUCAUAAAUCUCCAAGUCCUCCCAGGAUCAUUGUAUCGAGCUAACAGACAACCGGCUUUAGCUUUCAGGCCAUCCCUUUCAAGAUUAGACCUCAGAGCCUUUUCCAUCUCCCGAACAACUUCCUCAGCUGGUCUCCCGCUGAAUUUGUAUACUGCUGCUACACCUCCUUUCACUUUUCUCAAUCUUAUUUCUGUUCUGUCUGGUGCUGGUCAGGAGUCUUGUAAAAGCGCAGCUGCACACUUAAGACACGUCCUAAAAGUGAAGAAUCACCUUACCACAUGGCUGCAAAACUUCAUAGUUUCAGGAUUAAUGCCCAUAACAGAAGUGCCUGUGAAGACUAACUCGGGAUUCCAAGAAACCCUUUUCAGAUUAAUCAAGCUGGAAAUCAGGGCUGAAGAGCUUCCUCAACAUGGCGAUGUUAAAGAGGUACCCACUUACGGUGUCGUGCUUCGUAAUCGGGUCCCUGAACUUCACGCGCUCAUCGUAAGCCAUCCGAUCGAUCCCACGAUCAUCGAAUAG